AUGAUUUUCAAGGUUGGAGACAAAUUACCCAGCGUGGAUCUUUUUGAGAACACACCAGCAGACAAGGUGAACCUAGCACAAGCCGCAGCUCAGAAGAAAAUCGUAGUGUUUGGUGUACCAGGUGCAUUUACUCCUGGUUGUUCAAAAACUCAUUUGCCUGGUUACAUUGCAAAGGCGGAUGAAAUAAAAUCCAAAGGAAUUUCCGAGAUAUUUUGUAUCGGUGUUAAUGAUCCAUUUGUUAUGGCAGCCUGGGGAAAAGAACAUGGUGCAACAGGAAAAGUACGAAUGCUAGCUGACCCUAAAGGAGACUUUACAGACGCCAUGGAUCUUACUGUGGAUUUGUCAGCCUUAGGAGGCAAACGCAGCAAACGUUAUUCUAUGGUGGUUGAAAAUGGAAUUGUAAAAGAGAUCAAUAUGUCAACUGGACCUACACAUAAACAUCGUUACAAAAAUGUAGGAUUAGAUUCUCAAGAGUUGCGAAGACGCAGAGAGGAAGAGGGAGUCCAAUUAAGAAAACAAAAACGUGAGCAGCAAUUAUCAAAACGUCGCAAUGUUCCAAACAUUGUUGCAGAUGAAGAUAAUGUGACAUCUACAGAUGAAUAUUCACUUCCUAUUGGUACUGCACAAUCGUCUCCUGGUAUUAUAACAUCUGAAAUGGUAGAUGCAUUAUAUAGUCCUAACAUACAAGAUCAAUUGGCAGCAACGCAGAAAUUUAGAAAAUUAUUAUCAAGAGAGCCAAAUCCCCCUAUAGAUGAGGUGAUACAAACAGGAAUUGUACCACAAUUUGUUGAAUUUCUUAAAAAUAAUACAAAUUGCACUCUGCAGUUUGAAGCAGCAUGGGCUCUGACAAAUAUAGCAAGUGGUACAUCUCAACAAACACGUAUUGUGAUAGAUGCAGGAGCUGUUCCUACUUUCAUAUCUUUACUUGGUUCUGAAUAUGAAGAUGUGCAGGAACAAGCUGUUUGGGCAUUGGGUAAUAUUGCAGGGGAUAGUCCUGAAUGCAGAGAUCAUGUCUUAGCCAAUGGUAUCCUUACACCACUUCUGCAAUUGCUAUCAAAGGCAACACGACUUUCUAUGACCCGCAAUGCGGUAUGGGCAUUAUCAAAUCUCUGUCGAGGAAAAAAUCCAGCACCAGCUUUUGCAAAAGUUGCACCAUGUUUACCAGUGUUGGCACAUCUUCUCAAUCAUACUGAUUAUGAUGUACUCGCUGAUGCUUGUUGGGCUCUUUCUUACUUGAGCGAUGGCCCAAAUGAUAAAAUACAAGCUGUUAUUGAUGCUGGUGUUUGCAGACGUCUCGUAGAACUUCUCAUGCAUGAACAAAAUAAUGUAACAAGUGCGGCUCUUCGUGCUGUAGGAAACAUAGUUACUGGAGAUGAUGUGCAAACGCAAGUUGUAUUAAAUUGUUCGGCAUUACAUUGUCUAUUACAUCUCUUAAGUUCGCCACGGGAAAGUGUUCGUAAAGAGGCUUGUUGGACGGUCUCUAAUAUCACUGCCGGUAAUCCCCAACAAAUACAAGCGGUGAUUGAUGGUAAUAUCUUUCCGGUUUUAAUCGAGAUUUUGAGUAAAGCUGAAUUUAAAACACGUAAAGAAGCUGCAUGGGCAAUUACAAAUGCUACUAGUGGCGGAACAGCCGAACAAAUUCGAUACCUCGCAGUGCAAGGAUGUAUUCCGCCGCUUUGCGAUUUGCUUACUGUUAUGGAUGUCAAGAUUGUUCAGGUCGCUCUAAAUGGUAUAGAAAAUAUUCUACGCCUGGGAGAACAAGAUGCAACUAUGCAUAAUGGUCUCAAUCCUUAUGCAGUUCUUAUCGAAGAAUGUUAUGGCCUAGAUAAGAUAGAAUUCUUGCAAUCGCACCAAAAUAUGGAUAUUUAUCAAAAGGCCUUUGAUAUUAUCGAACGAUUCUUUGGGUCUGAGGAAGAAGAUACGCGACUUGUACCUUCAAUCGAUUCACAAGGACAAGAAUAUCAGUUCACCGCACCAGAUUCUUCCCAACUACCAGUGCAAGGCUUUGAAUUCUAAUCAUCUGUCUUUAAAUUUCUGAAUAUAACUCUGUUUCGUUAAACGUUAACGUUAUUCGUUCCACAGGGAUUUAUAAUAUUCUAAAAAUUAGUAGGGGAGAUUGUGCGCCGAGCUAUUUGUUUAUGGGAGGUAAGUGUCCACAUACUGCUAUCUCAGGUGUUAAACGAUAGAUAUCCUUAUUAAUUUAAAAAGUAGCUGAAAAAGCUAAGUAACAUGAAAAUAAAAUUUUUUGAAAUUACAUGCUUUUUCAACUACUCGUUAGAAUGGUAGACAUCUGCUCUUAAUAUCUGAUCUGAGAUAACAAUACUGUGGACAUAUGAUCUCUCCUACAUUAAUAGGAAAUAUAAUUUUACAUAUUCAUUCACUGAGCUUGAGUGUAUUUAUGUCAGAAGUACAAAAUAAUUGAAACUGAUCUAUUCUUCUUUUAUUCGAAUUAAAAGCAGUAAAAACUCUUGAUACAUUUUCAAUUGAUUUCUUUUUUUUUUAUUAUUUAAGAUGAACCAUAACUUACUCUAUGUUACGACCUGAAAUUGUUUUCGAAUCUACGUCAAAUUACGACAAUGUCUAUGUUUAGAGCCUUGAAACAAUUUGUGUAGGAACACUUACAGAUUCAUACCUGCAUGUAUUUAGUAUGAGACGUUUAGUUUUUUAAACAAACGUCUUAGUGCUUAAGUAGAAGUGGAGACAGUGAUCAGAACAAUUUGUCGAGGCAAACUCACACCUCGUCCGACAUGUGACUGACGCAGAAUUACGAAAAAAAAACUUGCAUUACCCUGCAAGACACUAACUGAAUGACUGAAGUACGCGACUACGUAGCCAACACGGACAACAUUACGCAACGCGGUACUCACCUCCUUACUAUACUAGAUAGAAACAUGACCAAUUAAACUUUUUUACUGUAAAUACGUAUCUCGUAAUUUUAAGGCUAUUCUAUACAGAGUGCCCUCAAGAAACGAAGUAAUAGUUUUAUUUGGCCGUCAAUGCAACAGCUUGCGAUAAUUGAGAUAUUUGUAAUUUGUGAUAAAUAUAAUUUGUACUGAGAUACGUGCAAAGUAUGCUUUGGUUUUCUUAUGUUAAAUAAUCGUGCGGAAUGCAGAUUCCAAUUAUUAUAUACUUAUACUUUUGUUAAUCUAGU